AUGCAGCCACCCCUGCUCGUGCUCCUGCUGGCCUUUUUCCUGCUCCCCUCGGCAGAGGCAGCUCUCCACCAGGAAUGCUCUGAACCUCAGCUCCCAUCCCAUCUCAGACCCACACACAUGAUGCUGGAUGAGCUACAGGCAGAAAUGACAGGACAGAAGCCUAUUCUCAAGAAAAGCCAGGGGCACAAUGCCCUCCUCAGGCCCUACCUGUGCCAGGCUCAUCAAGCUGAUGCCUGCCUGGUGCACGGGGUGGGGGAGCGGGGGGGCACACAAGCACAACAGAAUUUUCCUUCAGGAGAGAUCAUCGGGGGACAUGAAGCCAAGCCCCACUCCAGACCCUACAUGGCCUACCUUCACAUUGAUGAGGAGGAGGAGGAGUCCAUGUGUGGCGGUGUCCUUGUGCAAAAGAAAUAUGUUCUGACAGCUGCUCACUGCAAUGGAAGGUCAAUCAGUGUCACCCUGGGGGCCCACAACAUCAGAAAGCAGGAGAAGACCCAACAGGUCGUCCUGGUGAAAAGAGCCAUCCCGCACCCAAAGUUUAUUAAGAGGAAAGGCACCUAUGACAUCAUGUUACUGCAGCUGGAGAGAAACAUCAAGCAAACUGAUGCUGUGAAGCCCCUCCCACUGCCCAGGAGCAAGAACACGUUGAGGCCAGGACAGAAGUGCACUGUGGCCGGCUGGGGGCGAGUCACACAGAGGGGCCCUGGCUCAGACACUCUGCAGGAGGUAGAGCUGACCCUGCAGGCGGAUUUGAAGUGUAAAAGGCGCUUUAACCAUUACAACAAGAACAUUCAACUGUGUGUGGGGAACCCAAGAGAAAAUAAGACAACCUUUCAGGGGGACUCCGGGGGGCCUCUCCUGUGUAGAAAUGGGAUCCAGGGCAUUGUCUCCUCUGGAAGCAAGUAUGGGGACCCCCCAGUGGUCUACACCAAAGUCGCCAGUUUCCUUCCCUGGAUAAGAGAGACCAUGAAAAGCCUCCAACUGCAGGACCCAGACCAUCUUCUCUGGAGCUAUACAGGACCACACUGCGGGGAGGGAGGUGGUGCCAGCAACUGA